CGACAACAUAACCACAUCAGGAACUGCUCACCGUGUGUUCAUGUAGCACCAUAACACUGAUGCUUUGAAAGGGAAGAGCUUCAAUUGUUUCAUUGAAGACAGGUGGACAUACGCAUGUCCUGCGAUGGGGAACACUGAAAGUGUCGUGGUGCAGAAACGGCUGACCCGGUUUCGACCCGACGAACGACCCGUGGUUGAGGGGGUGUUCGAGCAGCUCCAGGCGGGCUCCGCUGGUGCUGCUGGGAAGCCUGGGAAAUCUCUGACAGUCGACAUGUUGAAAGCAAGUAUGAGGAGCAUUGCAUCAGAUUCCACCAUAAUGAGGGUCUAUGCAGGCAUGACCAGCAUUGAUGCUGGGGUACCGCCAGCUCCCGGUGGGGGGGUGAGUCGCGAGCAGCUGCUGAUCUUCCUGGCAGACACCCUCCGUGGCACUGCAGAGGAGAGGGCACCCCUCGUCAUGGCAAUGGCACAGCAAGGGGGCAAAGGUGCCGUGGUUACCAUUGACCAGAUAAAACAGUUUCUGGAGGACCUGAUCUCAGCUGCAGUGCAGAUUCUGGACCACAGGGGGCGCUUGCGAGGCUGGAAGCCAGAGCACAUGGGAGAUGGCUCCAGGGGGGUGAAGCUCCUGGCUGAGCAACUGAGCUCAGAGAUCAAAGCGUCAGACCAGCAGACGUGCGACACGGCGUGCCUGGAGGACUGGCUCUUCCGCGUCUCCUCCGUGGCCGUCUACCUGGAGCUGCUGGUGAGCGAGGGUCUGUCGGUGGCGCUGCCCUCCCGGCCGCCCCCCACCCUGCUGCCCCUGUGCCAGCAGCCCCCCUGGGGGCAGCUGCGGACGAGCCUGCUGGACGUGCCGAUGCUGCUCUUCCUGGCGCCCCAGCUGCCGACGGGCACCAGCGCCCCCUGGAGGCUGCUGUUCUCCACGCACCUGCACGGCGAGAGCUUCACGCGGCUGGUGAGCGGCUUCAGGGGCCGCGGCCCCACCGUGCUGCUGCUGCGCGACACCAAGGGCCACGUGUUCGGCGGCUUCGCCUCGCACACCUGGGAGCUCAGGCCCCAGUUUCAGGGAGACUCCAGGUGCUUUCUCUUCUCUGUGUCCCCCUGCAUGCGAGUGUACACCUGCACUGGCUACAACCAGCAUUACAUGUACCUGAACCAGGGACAGCAGACCAUGCCCAAUGGCCUGGGUAUGGGAGGGCAACAUGGCUACUUUGGGCUGUGGCUGGACAGUGACUUCGGUCGAGGGCACAGCCGUGCCCGGCCAAAGUGCACCACGUACGGCAGCCCCCAGCUCUCGGCCGAGGAGGACUUCAGCGUGGACGCUAUGGAGGUGUGGGCGGUCAGCGAGCCCCCAGAACAGGAACAGGAUGAGAACAAGAGGAGCAUUCUGGAUGUGGACCCAGAGGUGCAGGCCAUGAUGGAGAUGGCAGGGAAGACGUUACACAGCCAAGGCCUGAGGGAGCCAGAGGAGGACGAGCAGUAGCGAUGGAUGAAUGAGAGAGGAAGAAGGACGCUGUGGCUGUAGAAGGCAGACAUGGACAAUUUCACAGAGUUAAAUAAUCCUAAAGAAUAUUUAAGAGUAUUUGUUUUUAUUUUUGUGUUUUUAUUAUUCUGUUGUACAGAUAAAUAUGGAUUUCAACAUUAUGUUGAAUCAUCAGACUGCUGGUGUUCUUUUGUCUGGAAAUGGAAUCCAGGUCUUCUCUUAUCAAAAAUGUAUUGAAUGGCGAGCGUUUAAAUCAGGGGACGUUAUGGUUCUUAAGAUGAGCUACAGCAGGAGUUAUAAUUAAGGAUCCUAACAGUGUUGAUGCUGUAGUGAAACUGAUUGAAAUUAACAUCUGUUUUGGAUUGUCAACAAAACUGUUUCAUCUCAGAAUUUGGAGUUAAUUGAGUAUUAUUGAGUAUUAAGGCUGAGUUGAAUAAACAAUUGUAAUGACUGUGAAACCAGUCUUCA